AUGAAGACGCUUUCCUCCAUCUUCAUCGCCCUCGUCGCAAUUGCACUUGCCGUCUACAACAACGAGUACAUGCUUUCGAGACUCACACAGUCACUCAAACACGUCACAUCCCUCGCAAAGACCACCAAGCCCUCGUACAACACCACCCAAGACAUGACGACCAUGUUCCGCGGACUGCCCGUCAUCCCCGACGAGGCCUUUACAACCGAUGCGCCCCGCAACAUCGCAAAGUCGUUCCUUGCGAUUGAGCAGUCCGAAGGCGCAGGAGCCAAAGUGAGGAGGAGUGUCGGCACCCCAAAGCUCCGCAACUUCUCCCCGUUCCUCAUGCUCGACCACUUUGCCAUUCCACCAGGCGCAGGUUUCCCAGACCACCCACACAGAGGCCAGGAAACCAUCACAUAUCUUCUCUCGGGCGCCGUCGACCACGAAGACUUUGCAGGCAACAAGGGAACCAUCGAGCAGGGCGAUCUGCAGUUCAUGACAGCCGGCCGCGGCAUCGUCCACGCUGAGAUGCCACGCCAGAACGAAGACGGUGCGCCCAAUGUCGGAAUGCAACUCUGGGUCGAUCUGCCUAAGGAGCUGAAGUCGUGCGAACCGCGUUACCGAGAUCUACGUGCCAAGGAGAUCCCUGAGACGACUGCCGACCAUGGCAAGGUGCACGUCAAGGUCAUCAGCGGACAAGCCUACGGCACCGAAAGUCUGAAGGAGUUGGCAUACACCCCUGUCUGGCUGCUCGACUUCACAGUCCAGCCCGGUGGCAAAGUCAAGCAGCCCCUACCAAAGGGCUGGAACGCUUUUGCCUACCUCCUCAACGGCACCACCAUCUUCUCGUCCGACGGCGUAUCGCGACCUGUCGAACAAUACCACAACGUCGUCUUCGACAGCAACGGCGACAGCAUCGAAGCCUCAGUCGAAGAGGGCGCCGAGAAGGAGUCGAGAUUCAUUCUCGUCGCUGGACUUCCCCUCGAUCAGCCCAUUGUACAAUACGGGCCAUUUGUCGUAACGUCAAGAGACGAGGUCAUGCAGGCUAUGAUGGACUACCAGAGCUAUUCAAAUGGGUUUGAAAGAGCAAACAACUGGGAAAGUGAGAUUGGAAAGAGUAUGGUUCACUAA